CCUUGACUUACAAGUCUCCUGGCACGUUUGAGGUUCCCGACAACGUGAAAGUCCAUGUGAGAACAAACCACUCAAGAAGGACCACCAAUACUUAUAGCUCUAGCUCUUGACUGCUAAGAAAUUUCUCCCCAUUCUCUGUCAUCUUCACGAAAAACAGGUAGCCAUCCCUACGAGCAUUUACCUUAAGUUCAUGUAAACCCACUUUACCCCAGCAACAUAUUGCCCGGGAAUUCCCCUCUUGAGCUCUCCAAGCUCCGUCCGAAACUCUCGCGAUUCCCGACCACGGCGAAAGACAGAAACAUGGUGAUCCGACACCGCAACCGACCCAAUUGAGCGCCAAAUCGAGCUGGGUCGUGACCAAGAAACCACAUGUCAGCUAGAACUGGGCGGCUGCGGGGCCUGUGUCUGCGCCAUGUGAGCUCGACAAGGCAAACGUCGCCCAUCCAGCGACGCUUCCUGAAUCAGUUUAUAUCUAGAGUACAACAAGGUGACCAACCCGCGCUCGAACAGCAGCACUUCCGUCUCGCCGUCAAGGACAACAUCGCCACGGUCUCUCCCAACCCCGAAGAGGAAACACCUCUAACGACGACAUGCGGCUCCAACUUCCUCGCCAACUACCGCAGCCCCUUUGAGGCUACCAUCGUCACCCAGAUGCGAUCGCGUGGCGCGCACUUGGUUGGCAAGACCAAUUUGGAUGAGUUCGGCAUGGGUAGCCACUCGGUACACACGGCCUUUGGAGCAGUCGCGCAGGAGUGGGAGCAGGAACAACAAGCAGUCAAGCACUCGGCAGGUGGCAGCUCGGGCGGAAGUGCCGUAGCGGUAGCCACCGACGAAGCGGACAUUGCCCUCGGUACCGACACGGGCGGCUCAGUGCGGUUGCCGGCCGCGUACACGGGCGUGGUGGGAUUCAAGCCCUCGUACGGGAUGCUCUCGCGCUACGGCCUGGUUCCCUACGCCAACUCGCUCGACACGGUAGGGUUGCUGGCGAAGGAAGUGCGGCCCAUUGCCGAGCUUAUUCUCGGAUCGGGAGAGGCAAAAGGCCUCUGGGCCGAGCACGACCCACUCGAUCCCACGAGCCUCUCCCCGGCAGCGCGCAGACGAUGCGCCAGCCAACGGGACUGCUACCACGGCGGUCCUCUUUCCUCCCGGGACCCAUACCCGCUCAAGAACCUCAAGUUCGGCCUCCCGCUCGAGUACAACAUCACGGAGCUCUCGCCCUCGAUCCGACACGCCUGGUCCGCCGCCGCCGCCAAACUGCAAUCCCUCGGCGCGCGCCUCGUCCCCGUCUCCCUGCCCUCGACCCGCCACGCCCUGUCGGCGUACUACGUCAUCGCGCCCGCCGAGGCCUCGUCCAACCUGGCCAAGUACGACGGCAUCCGGUACGGCACGCGGUUUACCUCUCCGACCGAGAGCGAUGCUGCCACCUCGGAAGGAUUAAAAGGACAAGAAGAAGGAAUCCUCUACGCCCGCGCCCGCGCCGCUGGCUUCGGCGACGAAGUCAAGCGCCGUAUCCUCCUGGGCGCGUACACCCUUUCGUCCGCCGCCAUGGAUAAUUACUUCCUCAAAGCGCAGAAGGUGCGGCGGCUGGUAAGGCGGGAUUUCAAUCGCGUUUUUGCGCUGCCUAACCCUCUUCUGGAUAAGCCGGAAAGUUUUGAGCUCAGUGAGCUGCCGGAGACGGUCGGGCUGGAGGAUAAGUGGGGUCCUACCGAGGUGGACUUUUUGCUGUGUCCUACGGCGCCGACGACGGCACCCAGGUUGGAGGAGGUGCUGAGCGAGGAGGAGAAGGAUCCGGUCAGCGCUUAUAUGAAUGAUGUAUUUACUGUGCCGGCGAGCUUGGCGGGGUUGCCGGCUAUCAGUGUGCCGAUGAGGGUUGAGGAUCAGGAGGGAACGGGCAUGGCUGGAUUGCAGCUCAUUGGGCAGUAUUGGGAUGAUGCUAGGCUGUUGGCUGUUGCGGAGGCGGUAGCUGGUGUUGUCGGGGAGGAGCUAUAGACAAAAUGGCGUCUUUAACUCUCGACGUUUGUAUAACUAGAAGCACCAUGAUCGGUGUUAGGGUAUUUAGGUUUGUUUACAUAGUGAUGAUACCCCUGAACAUCCAGUAUUACAUCCAUAUCAUUAACCUCCCAUA